CAAAACGUUUCGUUUGCGAAUCGGACAUCACUUUUCUGCCAAACUGAAACUCUUCGGUUGAGACCGAGGGAGGAAGAUGGCUGCCACUGACCGUUCCCGGUCCGAUGCUGCGAAGCAGCGGCGGCAGGAUCAGCUGCAGCGGUGGCAGGGCUCGGAGACGGACCGGACCUGGACAGAGGCGAGAGGCCUGUCCUCCGCUUCCGGAAACCGACGGGCCCGAGUGCGCUUCGCUCAGGGCGCCGUGUUUAUGGCCGCCUGCUCCGCCGGGGACCGGGAGGAGGUGGCGGAGCUUUUGCGACAGGGAGCCGAUAUCAACCACGCCAAUGUAGACGGAUUGACUGCGCUACAUCAGGCGUGUAUUGAUGAAAAUGCAGAAAUGGUUCAGUUUCUGAUGGAAAGUGGCAGUGACGUGAACAGAGGAGACAAUGAAGGCUGGACGCCCCUUCAUGCGGCUGCGUCCUGCGGUUUCAUCCAGAUCGCAAAGUACUUGAUAGAACAUGGCGCACACGUUGGAGCGGUGAACAGUGAGGGUGAACUUCCUUUGGACGUCGCCACGGAGGAUGCCAUGGAGAGAUUGCUGAAAGCAGAGAUUAAAAAACAGGGUAUUGAUGUGGAACAUGCAAGGAGAGAAGAGGAGAGAGUGAUGUUACAUGACGCGAUGGCUGUGCUAGCAGGAGGAGGUUCUCUGCUCCCGCAUCCAAACACUCGGGCCACAGCACUGCAUGUUGCCGCUGCUAAAGGAUACAUUGAGGUGUUAAAGGUGCUGUUGAAGUGUCCGAUAGAUGUGGACAGUCGGGACAGUGAUGGCUGGACGGCUCUCCACGCGGCAGCUCACUGGGGUCAGGAAGAGGCCUGCGGUCUACUCGCUGAGCACAUGUGUGACAUGAGCGCUGUUAAUAAUGUGGGCCAAACUCCACUCGAUGUUGCUGAUGAGAACAUUGUUGAUAACUUGGAGGAACUGCAGAAGAAGCAGAAUGCUAUGCGUUCAGAGAAACAGAAGAUCCAGACCCCCGUCAUUGAGACCAGCCCAACUGUUUCCAUGGCACCAGUUCGCCCUCGCAGGACAUCCAUUUCUCGUAUGAGCAGCAGAGAGAAGAUCACCCUGCAUGAGAGAGAGAAACAUGCCCCGCCCACACUCCAGACUCCUCCCACCGAAGAGGAAGAGGAAGAGUCACGUGCAGCAGUCCCACCCAAAGCCUCCAGCAGCUCCAGUUCAGAGGAAGAGAGUGAAUCAGAGAGUGAUGCUGAGUCAGAAAAAGCAAAAACCCGGGAAAUGAUCAACAACUUGAACAACAAACGCAACAAUGCUGCUCCUGUAGCAACCACUUUGGUGACCAACACUGCCGGAAACCAGGCUGAACCUGUUCGGACACAAGUAACAGAAGCUCCUGGUUCCUGGAGAACAUCUUUGCGUAAAGCAGGAAGUUCUGUAACUCUGGGCCCUACAGGAGCUUCUGACCCAACCAGUGAGGCCCUCAAGUGCCCGGAGAAUAAACUGGGAAUGACACGCUCAUUAUCUAGUCCCAGACUGAGCUCUGAAACUGAUAAUAAGGAACCCAGGUUGGCCCGCGUGCAGCCCACUCCAUCUAGGCGUUUGUUCAGUAUCUCAGACACCAACACCAACCCCGACAACACCAGCAGCUUGUUAAGCCGGAGCUUAUCAUACACUCGCCGGUUGAACAGCCAGUCCUCUAGCGACAUGUCAGGUCAGAACCCCCUGUUACCUCACAGCUCAUCUUAUGGAAGGAAACUUGAUGACCCCUCAGUGACCUCUGUAAACAUGGGAACCGCUGGACUCAGUCGCCUCAAUAAUCUAGUGGCUCAAAGGUCAGCUCAGGAAGAGGCUGAGAAGAAGAAGGAACCAGUUUCUGUGACGACCUCCAAUUCUAUAACCACAACAGGCGAGCCAGAGACCAAACAGAGACGCAAGUCCUAUCUGACUCCGGUGCGUGAUGAGGAGGCAGAGGCUCAGAGAAAGGCCCGGUCCAGACACGCCCGCCAGUCCAGGCGUUCCACACAGGGUGUCACUCUCACAGACCUGCAGGAAGCAGAGAAGACAAUGACGGAAAACAGGGGAAAAGAGAAGAAAGAGGACGAGGAAAAAGAAGGGAAGCAAAAGAAGGCAGAGGAAGGGGAGGUGAGCUGGCGGUCUCGUAUUGCUAACCUGCAGAAGUCGGAUUUAUUAGGACUCACACACCCGCCUGGUGCUCCACGUCCUGACAGACAGGAUUUGGACAGUGCUAUCGCAGAAAUUGAGGAGCGUGCGAGGGAGCGUAGGUGGGCCAGAGCUCGCAGGAGAGGAAGAACUGGAGAGAGCGAUGAUAAUGAGCCCAGUGGAGAGGAUGAGAGUAGUGGUGGGCGGGACCCACAGACAGACAGACACAUGAGCAGCAGGUCUGAUCCAGUAUUGAAUGACAAAUCCAGGGACUUUAAAAAGUUGUUCGAGGAGAUGUCCAGGGAAAACCGUCGUCUGCAGUCACAGUUAUCAGACACACAGAGAACUAUUUCACUGACACGAGUGGAGCUGGAAAAGGCCACACAGCGGCAGGAGAGGUUCACCGACUGCACGGCUCUGUUGGAAAUGGAAAAGAAGGAAAGAAAAAUGUUAGAGAGGCGUGCCGCUGAAUUGGAAGAGGAGUUGAAGGUUUUAGGGGAUCUGAGAGCCGAUAACCAGAGGCUGAAGGACGAGAAUGGAGCGCUCAUCAGAGUCAUCAGCAAACUCUCCAAAUAGACCGAGAGAGGAAGAGUGGAAGAAAGAGAAAAGGAGAGCAACUGUCCACCCUUCCCCCCUCUCACGUCCUUUCGAGAUCCCAAAAAGGGAAAAAGAGGAGGAGAGACCAUUAAAGGAAAAUGUCACUGUUUUAUAUGGACCGUCCAAAUGGGACACAAUUUGACGUAAUCUUUUACCUUUUUGUUCUACAAGAGUGUGUGUGCGUGUUUGAACUUCAUCCAUGUUUUCAGGAGGCCAACAAGGAGAUACGACAAAGCUUCUGCCCUGCAAAUAUCAACUUUUUAAUCAAUAUUGUUGUCCUUUUUCCAGUAAAAAUAUCGAAACAACAUAAAUUUACUUGAGAAGUAAAGAUAUUACGAAUUUUUUUUCAAAGAAUGUAUCUCGAAUUAUGUUCUUUUUCGCACUCCAUAUGCACAUUUUUUAUUCUAAAGAAUAAAGCUUGCUACAUUUUGUUAAAAUUAGUAUUUCAAACAAGAAAAAACUAUUUUCCUAUUCAAGGAAAGCAAGUAUCUUAAUGUUGUUUUUCAAGGAUUAUUAAAAUAUUUUUACUGUAAAACAAGACAAAAAUACUGAUUAAGAAAAUAUAUAUUUUUUUAUGUGGUGUGCGUUCUCUCUUUCUUUUCUCACACACACACACACACACACACACUCGCACUCAGAUAGGAACGCAUGCACCAUGCCCAUUCGCAUAAGUGUGACCACACACUCGACACACAUUCCACGAGUCUCGGGCAGCUGAAGUCUGCAGUAUUUUUGCAUCUUUGCACGCUACAUUGUCUGCACAAACACACACAGUUGAGAGUUUUUACCCUGAACUCAAAUAAAGGUGGUCUAAAUAUAGGACUGUCAAUCAAAUUCCGGCUUAUUGACUCCAGACACCAGCACAAAAAACCAACAGCAAUUGACAAUCAGAGACAUCGGUGUGGAUUUUUGUGCGUGCCAAAAAACACGCGAGGCUGUCGUUUUGCAGCCAGUAAUGCUAUGCAUCUUUUAAUAAAGCAACACUUGUGGCAAGCUAGGCGGAAAUGUCUGUUUUCAUAUUUUUUAUCAUUGUUUGAUUCCAUCCUUGCUACCGUUGUCGUCUUCGAAAGUGAAGAUAAGGCCUUUUGUGUAUUGUGUAAAUGUACAAAUAUUCAUUUGAAAUCAUAAUGCUAUAACUUGUAACAUGAUAACGGUUCGGUUUUCUCCACGUGUUGUUUUUCUAAUAUAUUGAAUGACUGUUGGCACUUAAUAAAAGAUGUUUGUUUGUA